AUGGGUAAUAAAUCGUGUAAAAAUGUAACACCAGAAAUUAAUUUUCGAAUUUUUGUCUUUGAUUCCUCUUCAACCGAAAAAAAGACUAUAAUUCGCAACCUCACUGAUGAAAAUCCGUCCAAUUCAUUUUCAUUUGGUUACGAAAAUUACAAAGUAACAAUUAACGUUUUUUGUGAAGAAGAAAACGAACAUUUUGAUAUUCAUUUACAAGUAACUUUCUCGACUUUUUUUAUUUUAUUAAUUGUUGAUCAGACGAAUGUCCAGUCACUUGCAUAUGUACAAAGUAAAUACCAACAAAUAAAAGAAAUGCAAAAAGACAAUGAAAAUUAUUUACUUCUUUUUACAAAAUGUGACCAAGUAAGUGUUUUACCGACCGAGGAAGUAACUAAAUUAGUAAAAAACGUUGGUAGAACAAACACAUUUUAUUUAAAAGAGGAAGGUGACUUUAGUACAAUACGAAAAGAUUUGAUUAAUGCUUUGAAAAAAGUCAUAUCAAAUGAAAAUCAAUUUGCUCCUUGCAUGAAAAAACCCAUAAUUAUAUUAUACGAUGAAAUUUCUGAUAUCACCAAAGCUAAAUAUACCGAAUGUAUAACACAACUAUCAUUGAAUACUUCAAAACUCGAAAUAGGAGAGACUUUCCCCAAAUUUGAAGUAUUAAGAAGUGAUGGAAAUAAUACGACAUAUCAAUGCACCUUUUCAUAUUUACCGAGAGGAAAACAAAAUUGCACAUUACUUUUAAAUGAUAAAGAAGUUGAAUAUCUUUUUUGGGAAGGAAAAACGACUGGCAAAAUUGAAGGAAAAGAAAUUUUUGUGAACGACAUCAACGAGUUUUGUUUUCUACUUGAAAAGCUUGGCCUUGAUAUUAGAGAGAGAAAUGAUUUUAUAGUGUACUGGUUAAAAGAAUUGAUUAAAUAUAAAAAGAUAGGUGUUCUUUUAAUCAAUGAAGAAUACGAAAAAGCAGCAAAACUUGAGGUAAGUGGAUUUGACAAGCAAUUACGUGUAGUUAUUGGUUUUUUCGAAGCUGAUGGAAAAGACAUAGAUAAUGUUGAUACCAUUAAAAAGGUUGAAAGGCCGACUGGAAAAUAUAUUGUUGAAUGGGGCGCUUUUGUUAUCGAAAAUUAA